GAGGUCCUAUGUCCAAGAUCUUGAACCACCCCGGUAACACACCAUGACACGCCCACACUACACACGUCACUUCAGGUUGCAAAGUGAAACUUUGAGAUACUGAAAGAAACAAGAUAGCCCGCUGAAAACUGAGCAACCAAGGAAGACACACAGUUCUCUGUGCAGGAAGGACAUAGAAGAAGGCACAGAGAAGUUGUAAGACAUUGACGAAGGACAAACAACGAACAUGGAGAACAGGAGUGCUUCUGAAAACACUGAUCUGUAUGAGAGAGCUAAUCCUUUUUUAAACACUAAUGGAGAACAGGCCUUGAUGUGAUCUGAAAACAGUGUGUAAUGUAGAAAUAUGUUUGUGUGUCUACUUAUUGUCUAUAUUUUCAUUUGAAAAUAUACAGCUGACAUAAAGCACAGGAAUUAGACAGAUACACACAUGAGAAAGUUGUCUUGACACAUGAUCUUAAAGAGAUUGGACAAAAGGCGCAAUAUGAGUUUUGCAGACUAAGUAACAGAAAAUGAGAAAAAUACACACAUUUUUUCUAAUUUAACACUUCCUUAGACUUGUAGACUGACCAUGUCUAAUGCUAUGAAGAAGGCACUACACUGAAACAUGUCUGUGCAAAAGAUGUCUCCAAGAAAAAUACUACCGUAGUAGUGGGCUUUUCUUCCUUGCAAAAGGUGCUAAUGCUCUGAUGGAUUUAUUUGAAUAUCUUUUCUGCUUCUCUUAAAGACCGGCAAUGUCAGACGGUGAAAGUCAUUGUCAGAACUACAGACCAACAAGAUGUUGCAAGUCCUGCUCUCACAUCACAGACUCCUCCCACUGGGUGCUGAUGGAACCCUCGGUCUCCAUGGAGUCCAAAGUCGAAGUGUAUAAACACAGUUCUCCCUCUGGAAGUUUUGAGUGUGCUGUGUCUGGUUUGCGCUGGGGUGCGCUGGUGAAGUCACUCUACAGUAUCACUUCUGUGACACGUAUCUUUUUACAGCAGAUCUUGCCAUGUUACAGUACACAACAAUGGGUCCUUUGAUGGACAUCAAAGUGCUGUCAGGUGAACUGCUGGAGGCUCAUCUGCCCCAUUUUGCCUGUCUGGAAGGCUCAGACUCUUCUCUCAGUGAUGCUGUGAGAGUUGUAAGUGGUGUGGACGACAAUUUAAUUCUAGAGACCGGUGAGCUGACUCGUUUCCAUGUGAAGCUCCUCAAGCCAUCUCUCUCACUGACAGAAGUCGUGGUGAAAACUGACAUCCAAAUCAAAACCCACCUGGAGGUGUUAAUUUACCGGACAAGAGUGAGACCCCUGGUCCUCUUUAUGUACCUGGUGCCCUGGAGUGGCUCCAUGAUGCAGACUGUGAAGGACGACCUGCGGCAGCUGAAUGUCAGGAAGAUUGAAAAGCCCCAGCCUGAAAUUUCGCUUUGGGUCGACUCCAAAUUCAGCCUGAAGACGUCUUGCCACUCUGAGAUCAACCCGCACGAGUACACACUGAAUCUCGUCAGGCCGAACUUCUUUGAGGUUUACAUGAAAGAGCCAGAGAACUGUUUUGACUUGGAGUUGAUCAGUGGAGGGCAAUCCAUAUGGAAAGCUGAAGUGCGACGUGCAGACUAUGGCGAGGUUAAAAGAGUUGUGACGUACACCCCAAGCAAAACUCCAAGUCUGGACGAGGGGAGGAUGGCCAACCUGUCAAACAGAGAGCGACUCUCCUUUUUCCGGCCGGAUCUCAUCACAAGAACGUCGAGAGGCGCAUUCCUAGAUGAGAUGGAGGCGUUGGCAAAACACCAGCCCCCCGUGCUGAACAGCUAUGAGACCAAGCACCUUCUGGAGAAUGUCAGUGGACUGGAGGAACAGGUGACCUGCCUCCUGGACAUGGUGGACAGAAAGGGAAAUAUAGCGUCUGGCAUAAUGUUUGUCGUCCUUAAAGAGAAGGACUUUUACCUCUAUGAAGACAUUCUACUGAAUCUUCAAGCCAAUCUCCCAGAGAAUGCAAACUUGGGCCAAAGUGUGAAGGUCCGCUUGUGCGGUUUGGCAGCAUGCUUCAGCCUGGCCCUCUCCUCCAACGCAAUCUACAUGAGCUUCCUUUCUUUAUCUGUGCCUGAAGUUAUCAGACAUUUUCUGAAGAUUUCAUAG